AUGAUAUGUAACGCAUUGGAAUAUCGUACACCACCACGAACGGUAUAUGAAAAUGAUGUUAUUCGAUAUGCGAAUGCUACUUCGGUUCGACGUCGUAUUCCUCGAUUAAUUCAUCAAACCUAUCGUACACACGAUGUUCCAUCUAUUUGGAAUGCAACAGUUCAAUCGGUUAUGGAAAAAAAUAUCGGUGAAUUUAAAUAUCGUCGAUGGUCUCACGCUGAAAUGGAUGCUUUUGUCAAAAAACAUGAGCCUCAAUUUUAUUGGAAGACAUAUAUAACCUAUCCAUAUGAUAUGCAGCGUAUCGACUCAUUUCGAUAUGUUCUUAUGCUCCACGUGGGUGGCAUCUAUGUUGACAUGGAUAAUGGUUGCAAUCGUCCUUUUCGUGACUUACUUGUUACUCUAGAAUCACUUGAACCAGACGCAACUUAUUUGGCUGCUUUUCCUCGACGUGAAUCGUUCGGAGUUGAAAAUAAAAAUUUAUGCAAUGGAUCUCAAGGAUGA